GUCAAACAACGAGCAGAUUUUAAAAUGACCGUUCGUGAAACCUUCUUGGUUUUGAUGGCGAUAACCACAGUAGCCAUGGGGAGCCGAGAAACGAGAUCUCCUGGUGGUCACGGUUGGCAAAGCAGUAGUGGAUUUGAUGGAGGAUUGCCGUCGGUAGGUGUGGCGCGUUCCUUUAAUGGUUGGAGAGGUUCUGCGUCCGGACGAAACUCUGGCACCUCGUGGCCUGGAUCCGGAUUCAGAAGAACCGGGGAUGGAUCGUUCGGUGGCGCAGGAUUCAGACAGUCAGCAGGAGGCCGCUCCGGCAGUGACUCUGGUUGGGCAAAUUCAGGAUUUCGGAGUUCUAAUGCAGGUUGGGACGGAUCAAAUGGAUUCGUUAGAAGUUCCGAUGGUUGGAGUGGAUUGUCAAACAGUUUAGGACGUAAUGCCGGUUGGAAUCCAAAUCAAGGAUUCAGAGGAAGCGGUUACAAUAGUGGCUCUUCAAGUUGGCCAGAUUCUGGAUUUGGAGCUCGCUUUUCAAGUUGGUGAUCAAUUCUGUUCUAUUUAAUCACACAACCGAUGUUAUCUGUUGUAAUCAAUGAUUUAAUUUUAUUUGGCUGUACAAUUUUAUUAAAUUAAUCGUAUAAUGCAAUU